AUGCUCAAACUUCGUUGGUAUGUGUGUCAUCGCCUUUCUGGUGCCGCUGCGCUGAGUACUGGGUGUUCGCUUGCAGCGGCGACAAAGCCUUCUAAGGAAGCCAAGCGCCAUUGUCCCCUGCCGGAUGGGAAACCUGACAAAGUGGAGAAGUGGGACGUUUGCGCGGCUGUUUGCCUGGAGCGAUUUCCUGUGCUCGCUGCUCCGAUGGACCCUAUGCAAGAGAAAAUGACGCGGCUGCUAGACACCAUCGAGACACAGCGCAGUUUGUACAGUCCUUUUGAACUGCGCCACAUGGAAGACCUCAAACAUACGUCAUCAUCAUCGCCAUCGUCCGCCAAGAAUAAGGGAAAGAAGGCCACAAACGAGGUCAGAGAUAAGGGCGGUAGCGUCCCUGAAGCGGCCAUAGUCACCGCCCAAGACUUUGAGGAUGCGUGCGAUCAACAGUUGGCGCUAUUUCGGGAUAUGUUCAUGGUCGAAAGUGCGUUGUUGUUCUCUAUUCACCGUUACCAAAGUUUCGUGACCACCGCGAUGUCAUUUCAGCGAAGACCGACGAGGUGA